AUGCAGGCACAGCUGGCUUGUGCGCUUCUCCUCUGCUUCACAUGUGGCGUAGUGUGCACAGAUGUGGACCAGGAGCAGCGAGCUUUAGCAGAGGAGCUCCUCACCAGUCUCUUUACCUCUAAGAUAAAACACAACAGGCAGAGUGCCCCUUCCUGGCACGCGUCGCUGGCUGACCUGUGUCAGCUGGUGGGGGGCGAGGAGGAGGGGACGGAGGAGGUGGCUGAGCUGAGCAAGGGGAGUCUCCAGCUGUUGGACGAGCUGUACAGCCUUCAACACAUCUGCCAUGGGCUGCAGAGACGGGAGGAAAGGGCAAAACAGAAGGUGUACGAUGAGUUGUACAAGAGGCUGGACGUUGAGAAGAAGGAGAAGGACUUUUAUCCUCUGGUGAGACAGAAGGAUCAGGCUGGAAAGGAUGUGUAG